GUGUGGCAGUCUUCGGUUACUCCCUCUCCAUGUCCAUCGGCGGCAUCCUGGCAUCCCGCUACCUCCACCAGUCCAUGCUAUAUGACGUCCUGCGCUCCCCUAUGUCCUUUUUUGAGCGAACCCCCAGCGGCAACCUGGUCAACCGCUUUGCAAAAGAGAUGGACACCAUUGACUCAGUGAUCCCCAGCAUUAUUAAGAUGUUCAUGGGCUCUAUGUUUAAUGUGAUGGGUGCUUGUGUUAUCAUCCUGAUCGCCACACCACUAGUUGCUAUCAUCAUUCCUUUUCUUGGCCUGAUCUACUUUUUUGUGCAGAGGUUUUAUGUGGCGUCAUCUCGCCAGCUGAAGCGUCUGGAGUCAGUCAGCCGUUCGCCCAUCUACACCCACUUCAAUGAAACUCUGCUGGGAACGUCCGUCAUCCGAGCCUUUGGUGAACAGGAGCGCUUCAUCCGUGAGAGUGACCAGCGGGUGGACCACAAUCAGAAGGCUUACUACCCCAGUAUAGUAGCAAACAGGUGGCUGGCUGUUCGCCUGGAGUUUGUAGGAAACUUCAUUGUGUCAUUUGCUGCAUUGUUUGCUGUCAUAGCCAGAGAGAGCCUCAGUCCAGGCAUCAUGGGGCUGUCUAUCUCCUAUGCCCUCCAGCUGACUGCCUCUCUGACCUGGCUGGUGAGAAUGUCCUCUGAUGUGGAGACCAACAUAGUGGCUGUGGAGAGAGUGAAAGAGUACAGUGACACAGAGAAAGAGGCAGAGUGGAAACAGGAGUCCUCCAGCCUCCCUCCAGGGUGGCCCACUAAAGGCUGCAUAGACAUCAGAGGCUUUAGCCUGCGCUAUCGCCACGAUCUGGACCCGGCCAUUCACAAUAUCACCAUCAACAUCAAUGGAGGAGAGAAGGUGGGGAUUGUGGGACGCACCGGAGCAGGGAAGUCAUCCCUGACACUGGGUCUGUUCCGGAUCAUUGAGGCAGCUGAGGGCCACAUCUUCAUUGAUGGCGUGGAUAUAGCUCAGCUGGGCCUCCAUGACCUCCGCUCUAGAAUCACCAUCAUACCACAGGACCCAGUGCUGUUUUCAGGCCCUCUGAGGAUGAACCUGGAUCCUUUUGACAGCUACUCGGAUGAGGAAAUAUGGAGGGCUUUGGAGUAUUCCCAUCUCAAGAGCUUUGUCUCUAGCCUGCCUAACAAACUCAGCCAUGAGUGUAGUGAAGGAGGAGAGAACCUCAGUGUGGGUCAGCGGCAGUUGCUGUGCCUGGCCAGAGCUUUGCUGAGGAAAACACAAAUCCUGGUUCUAGAUGAGGCAACAGCAGCUGUGGACAUGGAGACAGACAACCUAAUCCAGUCCACUAUCCGCUCUCAGUUUGAGCACUGCACUGUCCUGACAAUAGCUCAUCGCCUUAACACUAUAAUGGACUACACAAGGGUCCUGGUGUUGGACAAGGGAGAGACGGCAGAGUUUGACUCCCCCUCCAGUCUAAUCGCUCAAAGAGGUGCCUUUUACAAGAUGGCCAGGGAUGCUGGGCUGGUCUGAAAGCAGGAGGUGCCUCACUUUGUCCAGCUGCUCCUCUGAGCCCCCUCCCAGCUUCUCUGGCUCCCUCCCGUGGAGGUCCUGAGUUGAAGAGUCAGAGGGAGAUCAAGUGGGGGAAUCGAGAUUUCGAGUGUUUGACUAUUUAAGCAAGAGUGUUGAUGAGAAGAGCGGGUUUGGUUUGAGCUGCCCCACCUUACACUUCCGUCCUCAUUUAACCAGACAAUUUUAUGCUGACUGUCCCAAAUAACCUUGCUUAUGCCUGUAAAGCUAGAUCAGUCUAUGAAGCCCCUGUUUCUUCCUGCCCUUUUCACAUUUUUACUGCCAUUUCUGCCAUGGAAGAGGGGGUGACAAGUUCUAACCUGAGACAGCACGUCUUGGUAUGUGUCUUUUAUUUUGACAAAGCAUUGUACUUGUUCUCGAGCAAAGAAGGGGAGUUUUGCUGCUAUAAAGACAGAAUUCCCUGUGUAUCAUAAAUAGAAAUGGUUCACUCCUGGUUGUUGUAACCAAAGCUGAAGUUGGUAGAGGACUCCAUACUAACUGUAUACAGUAUGUUCUAGGGCUGCCCUGAUUUUCCUCGUCCACUGGUAGUCAAAUGUUAACAGAAAAAGCAGUAAUGAUUCUGAAUGUGUCAGAACAACCAGCAAGGAGACAUUGAACGUUUAGUUUGUUUAUUUCAACACAGUAUAACAUCAACAAGUCUCGUUCAGAACACGGAAUAAAUAAAAUCCAACUUCACUAAAACAAAUACAGCAGGACUUAUCGAUAUGAUGAAUAUAUCACUCAAUCAUCAGAAAAUUUACUCGCUACAAACUUGCUCCUCUUCCUCCGUUUAAUUCAUCUCCUGUCACUGCCUGAACCCACCGUGUCUUCAUUCCCAGUAUAGUCCUAGUCUGAGCUGCUGUAAAUCAGCUGGCCUCCAUUGAGGCUGUGAGCCACUGGGUCCCCCGCUCCUACACUAGUAGUGUUUAAACUCCCCUUGUCCUUCCAGCUCUCAGUUCGGGUACAGGUCCAGGUGAUUCUUCUGAGAGGGCAGUGGUUCUCAUCAGAAAGAUGUGAAGGUGUUGGCAGCUGAUUGGUCAACAGUAUCAGUUAGGCUGGUGGUGUCACAGACCCAAGAAGGGGUGGUUUGAAACAUUAAACAUCAGCACAUAUAAAUCAACUACAACGCACAAACUGACGGAAUCCGUUGGAUAGAUUCCACUCAACUGUUACUUUACGUCCAGCACUGAUUGUUUAUUUAUUGUUUGUUUGUGCUCUUUCAGCUUUAAAUUAAUGUCUUCAUUUAAGCUGCUGUUCUGGUCGUUCAGUGAUUUUCAGUCUCUUUCAGGGGAAACUCAUGUUCUCUCUCUCUACUCUGUCUGCACUCUUGCUGUGUAGAUGGACGGCUGCAGAAGAACAAAAUAGAGUUUUAUUUUAGUUCAACUCCAAUGAGGUCAUAAGGUACUGAAUGUGCACCAAAUGGACUUUUUUUAAACUUUCUGGAACAUAAAUGUACACAUUACACAUAUUUUCUUAUUGUUUACAGCCAAGUCAUGCUUCACACAAACAAAUGGACGCAGGCCAAAAGAUUUUUUUCCCAUACUGACAUAUUUCUUUGCAUUGCUGUCAUUUUGUUAGUGAGUUACUGUGUUACUUUUAGUGAAUAAAGAUAUAUUGAUUUUGAA